CUCCAACAACCAAUCAGAGCAGCCCUCUGCUGCAGCACUCAGCUAUAAAAAAGGCCACAAUGCCGUUCAGGAGCAGACAACAGAGACAGAGAGACAACAGAACAAUCCUUCUCUCAAAGACAAACCUUCAGCAGAUACAAAGAUGAAGAUGCCACAGCUCAUCCUCCUCCUCCUGACCAUCCUGCUGCACACAGCCGUCGGUUUCCCCUCCGACAGAAGAGCCCAGCAGGGCCGGGACAAACAAGCCUCCUGGGACGACGUGAACGUGGUGGCUCAUGGCCUCCUGCAGCUUGGCCAGGGUCUGAAGGAGCACGUGGACAAGAGCAAAGCCCAGAUGAGAGACGUCAAUGCCAAACUGAAAGCUUUCAAUGUCACACUAGCCGAGCUGGAGAGGAAGCAGAGGGAGCAAGGCGAGAGUCAGACAGGCAAGAGCAGAGAGGUGGAGGAGAGGGAGAGGCUGGCUGCUGAGCUGACUGAGGAGGUGAGGAUGAAGGUGGAGGAAGUGAAGAAGCAGGGUGAGGACAUCCACGCCAGGAUGGACAGACUGGAGGAUAAGAUGCAGGAGGUGCUGAAAGAGCCGAGACUGGAGAGCAACAACAGUGAGCACAUGGGAGCUUCAUUUAUCCAGAGGCUUUUGGCUGCCCAGAACAGACGCAUCGACCAGUUAGUGGAAAAAAUCCAACAGCAACAAGACAAACUGGAGAAGCAGAGUCUCCACCUGCAAGUGCUGCAGAGCAAGGUUGCACAUAAGAGAGUGAAAUCCCACAGACGCAGAGAUGAAGAGACCGUGCUGAGGGGGGAGGCAGAGCCAAGCACACACGUAUCAGGUUUGGCCACAGACUGCCACAAUCUGUUCCUAAAAGGGCAGCGAGCCAGCGGCAUCUACACCAUCCAACCAGAGGGCUCCCAGCCUUUCAACGUCUUCUGUGAGAUGACUUCAGAAGGUGGAUGGACGGUCGUCCAGAAACGUCUUGAUGGAUCCCAGAACUUCAACCAGCUCUGGGAGAACUACAAGAGCGGCUUCGGCAAUCUGAAUGGCGAGUUCUGGCUGGGCUUGGAGAACAUCCACUCCCUCUCCAAACAGGGACAGUACAUCCUGCAGGUGGAGGUGUCUGACGGGUCGGAGCUGCAGACGUCUCACUACGGAUUCAAAUUAGACGGAGAAGAGAAGAUGUUCACUCUUCACUUGCAGCCAGAGUCUGAGAAUCAGGAAGACAUCAUGAAGAUGGGAGCCUCUGGUCUUCCAUUCUCCACCGCAGACAGAGACAACGACCUUGUUCAAGACGCCAACUGUGCUGAGCUCCUCUCAGGUGGCUGGUGGUUCAGCAGUUGUGGUGAGUCAAAUCUCAACGGCAAAUAUCCCAGAAGGCCGAGCAUGCUCAGACGCCAUCACUCCAGGAGACAGAGGAUGUUCUGGACUUCAACAAAGGGACAAAACACCUCAGUGAAGACCACCCUCCUCAAGAUAGCCCCCGCCACAAUAAAACAAUGAGUCUAAAGAACAAAGAGCCAAAGGACUGAAAGACUAAAAGAAGCACAUUUCUAAAUGUUAAAAAGCUCCUUCAUGAUCUCUGGAUCCUCAUGUUUUUAUGCUAUGCUAUACGAUGAAUCCUUGUCUCACCGGAGACUUUCUGUCAUGUUGACAGUUUUGACUCCCUUUAUAAGGGUUUCACUUCUUAUUUUUAUUUUUAAUGACUGUGUUUUAUAUAUUUUGACAGUAUUAUUAUUAUCAUAGUGUAUUAAUUUCAAAAUGUAUACACUCUAAACCUUUUAUACUUCAUUGCUUAAAUUGUGUAAAAAAUAAAGAUUUCAAAUGUUUAAUAAA